AUGCUUACGCCUCUGUUGAUCGGACGUCUACUAGGCUCAACACAACCUAAAAACACAUGGAAUCUCUUAAUUCAAGCACGAGUGAUUGCUGGGUCAAGCUUGGGUAGACGUAGCAGAAGAUUACAAGAAGUCAAAGGAUUUCAAACACGAGCUGGUGGAGUUAUGCCCAAGGUCUUAAAUGAGUUAUGCCGAGCGUACGAGAUAUGCUCAAAGAACUUCUUCGAUGCUGAUUGCUCGAUCAUAUCUAGUGCUCUUCCCAGUGGUAUUGAUUUCAAUCUCGAGAUAUCCACCAUCAAGCAGAAAGAGGCUGCUGGGGAGGAUGAAGGUUUGAGUGAAGGGGAUGAUCAGCAAUGGCGGAGCUUGAAUUAA